AUGAGUGACCCUACCAACCCUCAUAUCAAAGAAAGAACCACGCCCCAAUGGGGUCUCUACCAGCGGGAGAACUUCUGGAAGCAGAAUGAAGGGCAGACUCCUCUAUUCAACACAGACCCUCGCAAGAUGGAAGAGAGAGCCAAAGAAAAGCUAAGUGAAGGCGGCUGGUAUGUAAACAUUUACGCUGGGAACCUACUUAAGUACACCCCAACUAACAGAUCCAGGUACUAUGCCUCCUCGAAUGCAGGCAUGUCCAACACGCACCUCGUAAACCGACAGGCUUUCUACCGGCACCGUCUGAUCCCCAACCAACUAAUCGACACCAACAAUCGUGACACAACAACCACAAUAUUCGGGCACAAGGUAUCAGCCCCAAUUGGCUUUGCCCCAAUCGGCAUCAACAAGAUCUACCACCAGUCCGGCGAAGCAGCCGUGUCCAAAGUUGCUGGCGAGCUCAAUCUCCCCUACUGUCUCUCCACGGCAGGCAGUACCUCGAUUGAAAAAGUGGCCGAAGCCAACGGUCCCGGGCCACGCUUUUUCCAACUCUACAUGCCGCACGAUGACGAGCUGACGCUCUCGCUGCUGACACGGGCAUGGCAGAGUGGAUUUGACGCCUUGAUCCUCACGACAGAUACGUGGCAGCUUGGCUGGCGACAUGACGAUGUUGCUUCGUCGAACUAUGCAUUUUACCGUGGAUUCGGGGCUGAUCUUGGACUGACGGAUCCUGUUUUCCGGGAGAGGUGUCGAGCUGAGGGGAUUGAUCCUGAUGUUGAUGUUGUUCGGGCUAGUGCGAAGUGGAUUGAUUCUGUUUGGCAUGGACGGGCCUGGUCUUGGGAGAAGAUUCCUUGGUUGAUUGAGACUUGGAAGAAGAUCAGUGGAGGGAGACCGUUUGCUAUUAAGGGGAUUCAGUCAGUGAGAGAUGCGAGGAAGUGUGUUGAGCUUGGGGUUGAUGGCAUUGUUGUAAGUAAUCAUGCUGGUCGACAGGUUGAUGGAGCUGUUGCCAGUCUUGAUGCGUUGGAGAGGAUUGCGGAGGACGUUGGGGACAAGAUUUUUGUCAUGUUUGAUUCGGGGGUUCGGGGGGCGAGUGAUGUUGCGAAGGCUCUUGCGCUGGGUGCGAAGUUUGUAUUCAUUGGCAGACUUUGGAUUUGGGGGUUGAGUAUUCAUGGCGAGGAUGGAGUUCGACAUGUCAUGAAGUCUUUAUUGGCGGAUUUGGAUAUUCUGAUGGGCGUUGCUGGGUUCAACCGGGUUGAGGACUUUGACAAGACUGUUCUUGGUAAGUGUUCGCUCCUGGUGCUGGGAAAUUGUUUACUGAUUGGAGAUGCAGAAUCGGACCCAAAGAACUAUACUCUUCUUCCGCAGAAGACACUUUAG